AGAAGGUUAUGGCAAAAAUGGAUUUAUCAUUAUUACGAAGUAAAUUUCGCGGUUCUAUGCUUGGUGCUUUAAUUGGCGAUUGUUUUGGUAACCUUUAUGAUAACGGUUACAAUUCUUUAUCAGACGGUAUGAAAUUUGUUUUACAAAAAUCGUUCGAUACAUUGGAGGGACCGGUGUCUAAAGUACCUGUCAUGCAGUAUACAGAUGAUUCUGCUAUGACUUAUUCUUUGGCUAAAUCUCUGGUUGAACAAAAAGAAUUGGAGAUUGUUGAUGUUGCAAAAAGAUUUGUUAAAAGUUACUUCCUGGAACCUAAUCGUGGCUAUGGAACUGGUGUUGUGACGGUAUUUCAAAAGUUACGGGGUAACAAAUUUGCAGAUAUUAUAGAACCAGCUACAGAACAAUUCAAUAAUCAAGGUUCAUGGGGAAAUGGUGGUGCAAUGAGAAUUACACCUAUUGCAUUGUUCUGUUAUGAAAACUAUGAUAACCUUUUAGAUACAGUGAGAAAAGUGACUCAAAUUACUCAUACACAUAAAGUUGGAAUAGAUGGUGCUAUUUUACAAGCAGCAGCAAUUUAUCAGAGUCUGCAUUUAGAUCCCAAUGAAGAAUUAAAUGUGAUGAACUUUAUUGAUGAUUUAAUUCAUAAAAUGGAUAAAAUAGAAAAAGAUGAAGAGGGUUUAGGUUUGGCAGAACCACAGCCAUACAAGAUACAAUUGGGUGUAGUAAAAGCAUUAAUAUCGGAAGAUGGCGAUAGUCCGCAAGUUGAAAAAGUAAUAAAAAAAUUAGGAAACAGUGUCGCGGCUUUAUAUUCAGUACCCACCGCAAUAUUUUGCUUUUUAAGAGCACAAAAACCAAUUUCGGGAAUACAAACGGAAAACCCGUUUAGAAGAGCAAUUCAAUAUGCUAUUAGUUUAGGUGGUGAUACAGACACUAUUGGCAGUAUGACGGGCGCAAUCGCUGGAGCAUAUUACGGGGAAGAAAAAAUUAAUUCCAAUAUUUUACAACAUUGUGAAUCCUCAACGGAAUUUAGGGUUUUAGGAGAUAAGCUAUUUGAAAUGACAGUAACCCAAUAA